GAGGUUUCGGUUCCGUACGCCUCGUCGAGCAUGCGAAGACUGGCCAGAGAUACGCGCUGAAGCGCGUGCCGAAACGGCGGGGUAAGAAGGUGGAGGAGCUUGUUGUCAGGGAGUGCGACCUGCUCGCGGAGAUGGACCACCCAUUCAUCCUCAAGCUCGUCAAAAAUUUCGAUACCGCGUCGAGCAUCUACAUCCUCACAGAGCUGCUCACAGGCGGCGAGCUUUUCGCGGCGCUAGAGCGGCUGAAGCGGGUGCUGACGCGGGAAGAGGCGCAGUUCUAUGCAGGGUCGUUGGUGUUGGUCUUGGACUACCUCGGCGACAGGAGAAUAGUCUUUCGCGACCUGAAGCCCGAGAACGUGAUGCUGGAUGGGCAGGGCUACAUCAAGCUCAUCGACUUCGGGACUGCAAAGAAGCUAGCCAAGGACGAGGGCCGUACGUUUACCAAGAUCGGCAGCUGUCAGUUCAUGGCUCCCGAAGUGCCUCUAGGGCGAGGCUACGGGACCGAGGUCGACAUCUGGUCAUUAGGAAUCAUGCUUUUCGAGUUUGUGUGCGGCUACCUACCCUUCGGGCGUGAGUUGGACAAUUCCUCUGAGGUGGAGAUCUACCGCUCUGCGCAGGAGGACAAUCUUACUUUCCCGCAGUUCUACAAGGACUCCGACGGGAAGCAUCUGAUGCGGGGCCUUCUCCGGAAGGACCCAAAGAGUCGCCUUGGCACUGGCUUGGACGGCUUCCAGGUUAUCAAAGACCACGACUUUUUCAGGCUUCCCGAUGCUGGGCAAACUCUGUUCGACAUGCUGAUCGCGAGGGAGCUGAAGCCACCCUUCGAGCCGGACGGGGAGAGCUACAUGGAGGAUGACAUCAACAACGAGUUGGAGCUUUGUUCAAUGUGUGAAAAAUAUGUAGUUUGUGUUUGCCGUUCCUUCUUGCUUUUAGUAUUUCCCUUCGCUUUGCUCCCCGCUGCCCUGUAUUUCCCGUUCCCCCUUCCGUCUUCGUUCCCGCCCCUGUUUCCUGGUAUGUCCCGCUCUCUUUCCGUUUCCCGUUCCUUUUCAUUCUCGGUUCCAGGUCGUUUUAUCCAGAAUGCGACGUGCAAGUUUCAAUCGUGCCAUGACUUUGCCGUGCCACACCUCAAAGUAGACGAGUGCGACUGGCCCUCGCUGGGUGUGUGUCAUAGGCUCUGCGAUAUCAAGAGAAAGAGAAAGAGAAGAGGGAGAAGCAAACAAGAGAGAGAAAGUUGAAGCAUCCCCUGGGCAUCCCCGCUGGCGUCGGGACUGUGCCACGCCUGCUGAUCUUUGCGACAGUUCGUAGAU